AGCAGUUGCGAUUUGGCGAUGGCUGUAGCCUGGUGCCUGGUGCUUGUGCUGGUGGCUGCGGGGCUGGGCUUGGCCGGAGCAAGCCCUGUUCCCACUUCCAUGCCCACCUCAGCUGGAAGGAGUUGCAACAUUGGCAAGUUCAAAUCUCUGCCACCAACGGAGUGGAAGGCCUUCAAGAAAGCCAAGGACGCUUUGGAAAAUUCACUGAAAAACCAGAGCUGCAGCUUCUCACUCUUCCCCAGGAACUGGAAACUGACAGAGCUGCAAGUAUGGGAGCGCCCCAUGGCUUUGGAGGCUGAACUGGCCCUGACACUAAAGGUCCUAGAGACCAAGGCUGACUCAUCCCUGGGAGACAUCCUGGACCAGCCCCUUCAUACACUGCGCCACAUCCACUCUGAACUCCAGGCCUGCGUCUCACCUCAGCCCACAGCAAGUCCCAGGCCCCAUGGCCGCCUCCACCACUGGCUGCACCGGCUCCAGAAGGCCCCAAAGAAAGUGUCUCAAGACUGCCUCGAAUCUACUGUCACAUUCAACCUCUUCCGCCUCCUUACAAGAGAUCUGAAGUGUGUCGCCAGGGAAGAUCUAUGUGUCUGAGAACCUAGACCCACCCCCAGCUCAUCUGGGAUCCCAGACCUUAUUUAUGCACUAAGUCCCACCCCUGCCUUAAAUUAUUUCCUCUCACCCCUUAUUUAUGGAGCUGCAGCCCUGACUCAGGACUAAAUGAAAUAUUUAUUUUUCUACUUUUAUAUAAUGUGUUCCAAUAAACAAUAAGGAAUUGGAA